GUCUAUUUAUCAAUGUCUAUUUGUAAACCUCUUAUCUAAAUAUACUUUAUCAUACUUUACCCUUCCUUACUUCAGUGUGGUUUAGCAUAAUCUCACUGGCACAGCGGAAAAAAAUCCAUUUCCGUUUCAAUUGCACUUCCCUCUAAAAAAGGUUACCUAGCCGAUUAGCGUAAAGGUGAAGAGUAAUAGGAUCCCAGACCACUAUGACAGAAGAGUUCGACUCGAGAAGGAAAGAACUCUACUCGUUAAAUCUGGCCGCUUGGGAACCUGAUUAUCAGUAUGCAGUAGAUAUUAAAUUAGAUCCUUCAUUAAAGAAGAAUACCGCUUUUAUUAAGAAAGUUCGCACCAAUAUUAAUGGUGAACAGUAUAAGAGUGUCAUAAAGGAUAUUGAAACUAUUUCAUUAGAGAAGUACCUUUCGGAGAUUAUAACUUCAUUAGCAGAAGGAUUAUUUAAAGUAUCUAAACAUGAUGAUAUUGUGGCUGCAGUUGAAGUAGUUUCUUUAUUACAUCAACGAUUUGGUUUAAAGCUUACUCCAUACCUCCUCAGUACUUUCUUACAUGUAUUGGCAAAUCCUGAUCGACAACAAUUACAAUUACUUUCAGAACAAGAACGUGAAAGAGAAGCAUUACUAAGAGUAACUCGACAAAAGAAUAUGCUUCGAUUAUUUGCAGAAUUUUAUGUAGUGGGGAUAUUUCGAACUCUUGGUGAUAUAUCACCUGAAUUAAUUCCAGAAGAAAUUUUAAAGCGGAUAUCUAAAUCAUCAUCAGAAUCAGUAUUAACCAUUGUUCUUAAGAAUUUACUUAAUUUUGAAAUUCUUACGGGCAAUUCAUUAACUAUAGUAUUAUCAUUUUUAAAAAGAUUUCGUCAUAUUAUAAGAGAUAAUAAUAAUAUGUUACUUUCAAUUAAUGUAAAAGACAUGAUUAGAAAUAUAUUUCAAGUGUAUUCUAAUGCUAUUUCAAAUAUUGUGAUUGAUUUAGAUAGUGAAAUAUAUAAUUUAAAGAAGCGAAAUACAAAGGCUUCAAUUAGAACUGGUAGAAUUUUAGAAGAAAAUGUGGUGGAAUUAAAUCAGGCAGAAGAAUUAUUUGAAAAAUUUCAAAGUGGUAAUGAAUAUAUUGCCAGUGUAUUUAAUUUUAAAUUACCUACACUUUCGAAAAAAUCAGAGAUUUCUACUGAAGAAUCGACUAUUGAAGUAGUUAAACAAAAGAAUUCUAAUGAAGAAGAUUUUGGAGUAUGGGGAGAUGCAAAGGAAAAACUCUUUUAUACCAAAAUACCGACUUAUGAAGAAUUGAAUGAAUUAUAUCCCCCUGAUGAAGAUGAUGAAGAAGUUUUACAGGGAAAUAAUGAUGGAGGAAGAGUAACAUAUUUUUUAUCAAAAUUACAAGUAGCUUCAGAAGAAGAUAUUGAUAGUGUAGCUGCAAAAUUUUUACAUCUUGGAAUUAAUAAUAAAGCUACUUGGAAUCGACUUUUCAAAUUUUUUGUUGAAAGUCCUGAUGUAAAUAAUUUGCGAUACUUUGCUAGAUUUUUAAAGAUUCAUGAAGAAGCUUUAAAGGAAUCAAUUUCAUCGCUUAUAGAUUAUUUAGAUCGUGGAUUUCGAUAUCAAAUUUAUAAUGAAAAACUUAACUUUAAGAAUAUAUUUUUCUUUGUUGAGUUAAUUAAAUUUAAAUUAAUUCCUAGUCAUAUCAUAUUUCAUAAGAUUAGAACUUUAACACUCAAUAUAACUUCUACUAAUAAUAUUGAUGUGUUAUCGGUAUUUUAUGAACAUAUUGGACGAUUCUUAUUACAAGAACCAGAAUAUAAACAAUUCACCCAAGAAAUGAUUAGUAACUUGCGAGAUAAGAAGAGAAGUCUGAAUUUUAAAGUUCAAGAAAAGAUGGCAAUAAAUAAUUUAUUAUUAACUAUUGAUCCACCAGUCAUUAAUGGUAUUAAAAUUGAAGAUCGAAUGCCAAUUUUAACUGAUGAAGAAAAAUUUAUUCAAAGAUUACUACGAGUAGAAUUAAAUGAUAGAAGUUGUACAUUAAUUGCUAAUGAAAUCAGUAAAUUAGAUUUAAUUAAGAAUGAAUCAUUUAUUGUGGAAUGUUUUUCACAUCCUGAUUUAAUUAAUUAUAAUAAUAUUCAUGCAUUAGCAUUUGUACUUAAAGCAAUUCAAGUAAAGAAUAUUAUUAUACGAACUAUAGAUUUUUUAAUUGAAAAUAUUAUAAGAGGGAUGGAAGAAAAUGAUUAUAGAAGAAAUCGAAUUAGAAUGGCUCAUAUUAAAUAUGUAGCAGAAAUAUUUAAUCUUCGAUUAAUUAAUUUCAAAUUUAUUAAUACUUUAUUGAAUAAAAUCUUAUGUUAUGGUCAUCCUAAUAAUCAACCCCUUCCAGGAAAUUAUUCUUUAAAAUUAGAUCCUCCUGAUAAUUACUUUAGAAUUCAACUUUGUUGUCUUUUAUUAGUAUCUAUUGAUGAUGGUAAAGGUUCAAGUCGUUCACGAUCUCGAUCUCGAUCCAGAAAAAGUCGAAGAAGAAGUCCACGUAUUAAUAAAGAUCUUUUAAAGACUUAUUUUGCCUUUUUCCAAUAUUAUGUGUUUUGUAAGCAAAUGCCUAUUCCUAUUGAUUUGGAAUUUAAAUUACAUGAUUUAUUUGAGAAAUAUGGUGAAAUCCCUGGUAUUGAAAGGUAUCAAAGUUUAGGAGAAACAUUGAACAAAUUGAAAGAAAUAGUUGAAAAAAAGGGACUUGGAACUCCUGAAGAUGAUGAUGAAGAAGAAGAAGACUCUGACGAUGAUAUUGAUAUUGAUAAUGACUCUGAAGUGGAGGAGGAGGAAGAAGACUCCGAAGAUGACGAAGAUGAUGAAGAUGAUGAAGAAGAAGGAGACUUGAGUGAUGAUGAAUUAAGUGAUGAUGCUUCAACAAAGUUAUCAACAUACGAGCAUGAGACGGAGGAAGCCAAAGAAGAGAAGGUAAAAGAUGAUGAAUAUAUUGCAAGAGAUGUUAGGAAAUCUGAGGGUGAUAGUUUUGCCGACGCAUUGGCUAAAGAGUAUCAAAAGAUUCUUGUAGAGUCGUAUGAAACUAAUUUAAAGAAUGUAACCUCGAAAAAUACUAUUGGGAAUCCUAAUUCCAAAUUAUCUUUAAAAUCUGAAAGUAUAGCUACAUCAGAAAAUGGUAAAGUACAAUUUAAACUCUUAACAAAAGAUGGUAAAUCACCUAAGAAAUUAGCUUUACCAUCAGAUAAUAAGUUUGCUGCCUCUGUUCUUAAAGAAAGAGAUAAUUUAUUAAGGGAUAAAGAACGAAUUAUGAAGUUGGCUCUUGAUAUGGAUUGAUGUAUAGAAUAUGUACAUUGAUUUAUUUAAUAUAUUUAUAUUUAUAUUUAUAUU